AGCACCGCCGCAGCUCGACGCUCGCUUGCUUACUCGCGCCAUCACGACUGCGGACUUUUGCCCUCUCUCGUUGACAAAUAAAGACACGGCACCGGGCCGCUACGCCAGAACAAGUGGGACAUGUUCGCCUCCAAGUCGCCCAAAAGUCUAUCCAGAGAUGGGUCCGCCGACCACAUGUGCAUGGUCGAGAAGGAGCGCGUGCACGCUUCGGACCAACAGGUGCAGCGAGGUCUUGACAACUUGGCUUAUGAGUAUGGCAGUCAAAGCGAGCUCUGCCCUCCACUCAGAACCUCCACAGAAACUUUUAAGCUUCUGGGCCUGGCCCCGGAGCACCCGCUCCAUGCCGUGGUGGAGAGGAGGAUCUCCAGGCUGAGCGGCGUACUGGCCGUUAGCUCGGUUUCCCCGAGCCGGCUCACCAAGGUGGACUACUCGAGCUCCGUGAUCACAGCCGCAGAGAUCGCCCAGGAGCUACGCCGGAUGGGCUUCCACGUGGAGUCGGGGGUGUGGAUCGGCGUGGACGGCAUGCGUUGCCAGUCCUGCGUGGAAUCCAUCGAGCGGCACGUCACCGCCCUGCGUGGGGUUUCUCACGUUCGGGUAUCGCUCGAAGAAGGCGCGGCGCUGGUUGCAUUCCAACCGCUUCACGUCACGCCGCAGGAACUGAGGGACAAGAUUGAGGAGAUGGGAUUUGGAGCAACUUUACUGGCUGAUGAUCCAUCUGCAGCCAUCAGCCACUGGCAGAGUGAUGGAAGCCAAACCGUGACUGUCUGGAUAGGAGGAAUGACCUGCAACUCCUGCGUGCAGUCCAUAGACGGGAGGAUCUCUCAGAUGACGGGGGUCCGCUCCAUAGAGGUCUCACUCAAAGAAGAAAAGGGAGCAAUCACCUUUGACCCAGGCCUGACCGGACCGGAGCAGUUUAGGCUAGCUAUCGAGGAAAUGGGCUUUGACGCAUCACUCCGAGAACCAACCCAGACUCACCAAGCGACCGUUAGCCGUGAAGUCCCCGAGCUGUCGGACCGGUCUUGUAAAACAGAAUUAAGCAACGGCACCGGAUGCCAUUCCACAUCCGCACAGCAGUCGACGGGCACCAAAGAGCAAAAGUGCUUCAUCAGCGUGAAGGGAAUGACCUGCGCCUCGUGUGUGGCCAACAUUGAAAGGAACCUACUGAAACACCGAGGGAUCAUCUCAGUUUUGGUGUCACUGAUGGCCGGAAAAGCGGAAGUGAAAUACGACCCGAACGCGAUAGACGCCCCCGCCGUGGCUCAGCUCAUAGAGGACUUGGGUUUUGGCGCCAAGACCAUCGAGGACAACGCCGUGGCGCACGGGAAAUUGGAUCUCACCAUAACGGGAAUGACGUGUGCGUCGUGCACCCACCAUAUUGAGUCGAAGCUCAGCGCAACCAAAGGGAUCGUUGGCGUUUCCGUAGCCUUGGCAACAAAAACGGCAAACAUCCAGUUUGACCCGGAUGAGCUAGGAGCUCGAGAUAUCAUCAACAUCAUUCAGAAUCUCGGCUUUGAGGCCACUCUGAAGAAGGCGGGCUAUAAAAGCAAUCUUGACCACACAGAAGAAAUUCGACAGUGGAAAACCUCCUUCCUUCUCAGCCUGCUGUUCGGCCUGCCCGUCAUGGGCCUCAUGAUCUACAUGAUGGUGAUGGACAGCCAGCACCAGCAGCAUGGAGGCACCAUGCCGGAGGAGCAAAGCCUGCUGCCUGGCCUCUCAGUCCUGAAUCUAACCUUCUUCCUGCUGUGUACACCAGUCCAGGUCUUCGGAGGCCGCUACUUCUACAUCCAAGCGUAUCGCUCUUUGAAACACGGCACGGCCAACAUGGACGUCCUUAUUGUGCUGGCCACCACCAUCGCUUACGUCUACUCUUGCGUGGUACUCGUCGUGGCCAUGGCGGAGCGAGCCGGUCAGAGCCCAGUCACCUUUUUUGACACGCCGCCGAUGCUCUUUGUGUUCAUUGCGCUGGGCCGAUGGCUGGAGCAUCUUGCCAAGAGCAAAACCUCAGCAGCUUUAGCCAAGUUGAUGUCCCUCCAAGCCACCGAUGCCACUGUGGUCACCAUGGGGCCUGACCACUCCAUCAUCAGUGAGGAGCAGGUGCUGGUGGAGCUGGUGCAACGUGGCGAUGUCGUCAAGGUAGCUCCAGGAGGGAAGUUCCCCGUGGAUGGGAAGGUGAUUGAAGGAAACUCCAUGGCAGAUGAGUCUUUAAUCACAGGUGAGCCAAUGCCGGUAAGUAAGAAGGUGGGCAGCCCGGUGAUUGCAGGUUCCAUCAACGCUCACGGCGCUCUUCUUGUGGAGGCCACCCACGUCGGUGCAGACACAACGCUGUCACAAAUUGUCAAACUGGUGGAAGAAGCCCAAACAUCUAAGGCUCCCAUCCAGCAGUUUGCUGACCGACUUAGCGGAUAUUUUGUUCCCUUUAUCAUCUUGGUGUCUCUGCUCACUCUUGUGGCGUGGCUUGCCGUCGGCUUUGUCAACUUUGACAUUGUGAGGGAGAAUUUCCCGGCUUACAACACCGACAUAUCCAAAGCAGAAGUCGUCAUCCGUUUUGCCUUCCAGGCAUCCAUCACUGUUCUUUCCAUUGCGUGCCCCUGUUCCCUGGGGCUGGCCACCCCCACAGCGGUAAUGGUGGGCACCGGGGUAGGAGCGCAGAACGGGAUCCUCAUCAAAGGAGGCGAACCGCUGGAGAUGGCCCACAAGAUCAAUGUGGUGAUGUUCGAUAAGACGGGCACCAUCACUAACGGCGUGCCCAGGGUGACGCGUGUGUUGGUGCUAUGGGAGAUGGCCCGCAUGCCUCUGAGGAAGAUCUUGGCAAUCGUGGGGACGGCAGAAGCCAGCAGUGAGCACCCACUGGGCAUCGCCGUCACCAAGCAUUGCAAAGAGGAGCUGGGUGCAGAUGUUCUGGGUUACUGUCAAGACUUUCAAGCAGUGCCCGGCUGCGGGAUCAGUUGCCGGGUCUCCAAUGUGGACCACCUGCUGCCGCCGCAGAGUGAAGAGCGAUUCCUGUUGCCGGGGGCAACCACAGAUGAAAGCGGUCCAGCGGACAUUUCAAAUGCAGGUGAGGUUUUGUGUUACUCUGUCCUGAUCGGGAACAGAGAGUGGAUGAGGAGGAACGGCCACCAUGUCGGAGCGGACGUGGACGCCGCCAUGUCCAGCCAUGAGACAAAGGGGCAGACGUCUAUCUUGGUGGCCAUAGACGGCGCGCUGUGCGCCAUGAUCGCCGUUGCCGACACGGUGAAGGCGGAGUCAGCCUUGGCGGUGCACACCCUCAAAAGCAUGGGCAUCCAGGUGGUCAUGAUAACGGGGGACAACAGACGCACAGCCAAAGCCAUCGCCGCACAGGUGGGGAUCAGGAAGGUGUUUGCGGAGGUGCUGCCUUCGCACAAGGUGGCCAAAGUACAGGAGCUCCAGGAGCAAGGCUUGCGUGUGGCCAUGGUGGGCGACGGCGUUAACGAUUCGCCCGCCCUGGCGCGCGCCGACGUCGGCAUCGCCAUCGGCACGGGCACCGACGUGGCCAUCGAAGCGGCCGAUAUCGUUCUCAUCAGAAACGAUCUCCUGGAUGUGGUGGCCAGUAUCGAGCUAUCCAAGAAGACCGUGCGGAGGAUCCGGAUAAAUUUUUUCUUUGCCGUUAUCUACAACUUCGUCGGAAUACCCGUUGCUGCAGGCAUGUUCAUGCCGCUCGGUCUGGUGCUCCAACCCUGGAUGGGCUCGGCCGCAAUGGCCACCUCGUCCCUUUCCGUGGUGCUGUCAUCUUUGCUGCUCAGAUUAUACAAAAAAACAUCAGUGGAAGCGUAUGAGGUCAGAGCAAGAGGCCUGAUGCGGAGUCUUCAGUCUUCGCAGAUCAGCACGUUCCCGAGACUAGAAGGCCACCGGCGCAGUCCGGGUCCUUCCACUGAAACCUGGGAAGAGCACAACACCAAUGGACGGAGACUCGAGGUGGAGGUGCUGUGCUGAGAGCAAGGUCAGAGAAAUGCAUUACAUAAAAUAGAACCAACUCCUUGGUCACAUGAUGAAUUGGGGGAAAAAAAGGUCUUCAAUAAGUGUUACAAAAUAGUAGCUUGCAUUUGUAUUUGUCAUUUUUUAAUUUUAUUUUUAUUAUCAUGUGAAGCACAUGGUCUGUAAAAAGCGCUAUAUAGUUUACUUCCUUA